UAACGGGAUCCGUGAACGUACUUACAACGAUCGCAUACUGCGUGAGGAUGUUUACAUACAGUUUUUGUGCGCGAGUUAAUACUUUUUAAGUUAACCACAGUCCAAAAAAGCGAAAGUUUUUCGCCAGUGUCAGAUUUAUUUUCAUCUUUAGCCUUGUUUCUAUUAACGUACUAUUGUUGUUUAUACUUCGAAAAAUGGAAAUACAUGAUAUUCGAUAAUAAUUUUCAAUAACUUCCAUCGAAAAGCAUCGAGUCAGCAUGCUUCCUCGAUAAACGUUGUUAUCAUUGGUACAUGGUGUGUGUACAAAGGGGAACCGGUUGUUAAUAUUUCGUGUGAGAAUACAGGUGGCGGUAAAUGGCUUACGCGGCGAUAUCGUACGUGGCUACGGCCCUGUUUUGUGUGGUUACCGUGGUUGCAACGCAAGAUUCCUACGGAUACGAUUACAACCCUCACCCCAGCGAGUACACGCGCCCGGUGACGUUAAAACAGGGUUCCUUACUAGGUAUUAUCGUACAGAAACGGGUCGAAGACAGGGUAAUCGUUGUAGAACAGUACUUGGGGAUUCCGUAUGCGAAACCACCCGUGGGGGAUUUGAGGUUUAUGCCUCCCGUCAACGCCCUUCCUUGGACGGGAAUCAAGUACGCUGACGUCCUUAAGGACGUGUGUCCGCAAAUUCGACCCAAUUUCGAUAAAAUGGAACAUGGCAGAAAAAUGCAAGUUAAACGAUUACAUGAAUAUUUGAAGAACGAAUCGGAGGAUUGCCUUUAUUUGAACAUUUAUGCACCUUAUCAAGAUGGAAGAAACUUAAAAAAGUAUCCCGUUAUGGUUUAUAUUAAUGGAGAAUCAUUCGAGUGGAAUUCCGGAAACGCCUAUGACGGCAGUAUUUUAGCGGAAUAUGGAAAAGUCAUAGUUGUAACCCUAAAUUUUCGUUUAGGUGUUCUGGGAUUUCUGCAAAUCGACAGAACAACAUCAAAUUUCGGAUUAAUCGACCAAAUAGCAGCUUUGUUAUGGAUUAAACAAAACAUUGCAAGUUUUGGUGGAGAUCCUAAUAAAGUUACUUUAUUUGGACACGGAACCGGAGCAGCUUGCAUUAAUCAUUUAAUGCUGUCACCGAUGAUCAAUUAUUAUAGUUAUGGAGAAAAGGGUGUUCAAAAUAAUACUUUCCAAAAGUUAUUCCAAAGAGCCAUUUUAAUGAGUGGGAGUGCAUUAUCCGAUUGGGCUUUAGCGACUAAUCCAUCUGACGUAAUGCAAAGUGUCGCUAAAGCAUUAGGUUGUGGAUUAGAUCAAGAAUCUUUAAUAAAUUGUUUGAGAAAAAAACGUCUUUAUGACGUUUUAGACGCCGUACCACCCGUAUCACAAUAUGAAACUCGAUUUGGACCGGUUGUGGAUGGUAGAGUUAUUCCAGAUAGUCCAGAAAAAAUGAUGAAAUCAGAUAUAUUAUCAUCUUUCGAAGUAAUGUACGGCGUGACCGAGUUGGAAAGUGUCCAUCUCUUGGGGAACGUUGCCCUAAACCACGGACUGCUAGAGAGGGAAUUCAGGUCCGAGUUGAGUGACUAUAUGGACACGAGGUGCGAGUCCAAGAGUUUCUGCGUAGAACACAUCAUCGGAGAAUAUAAAGCUGGAAGUCUAUUCAACCGGGAUUCCCCUUUGCCCAUUUCGCCAUUUGACGAAGCGGCGGGACAAGCGAGGGACAUCCUGUUGGAUCUGCUUUCUGACGCCCGGACGGCAGCACCUGUCGUUAUGAUGGGAAAAUUGCAUUCCACCCGGAACUCAAGCUCCUACUUUUACGUAUUCGGGCACAGUACGGCGUCCAGGACAUUAAACUUGCAAGCAAAUAAAACCAUUCAUGGUGAAGAUUUACCCUUUGUAUUUGGAGUUCCAUUGGAUACAAAUCCAGGGCAACGAUUUACAAGGAAGGAGGUGAACAUAUCAAAGAUGAUGAUGUCGCUUUGGUCGAAUUUCGCUUAUACAGGGGACCCCAAUAACUAUGAAUACACGAGGAGGCAAGAUUUGACGUGGUCUUCUUGGUACGAGCAUGGAAUCAAAUGGCCUGAAUACGAUUCGGGGGAACAAUAUUUGCAUAUAAAUAUACCACCGGUUGUAAAAUCGAGAUAUCGUGAGGACCACCUCAAUUAUUGGAACGAAGAUUUUGCACAAAUCAAAAACAUUAGAAUUGAUAAGAAUAAAAUACGAACCACAUAUACACCAUAUGUUAAUCGAUAUCGCCCAAGUUAUAAAAUAACUACAAAAAGGCCAAUUUAUCCAAUAACCAAGCAAGAAGCCCCAACGAAUCAUAUCCAAACUCAAAAACCUAACGUUAAUUCAGGGAGUUCGACGAACGUAAUUAUAACUUUAGCCGUCGUGUUUCUUUUAAUAAACGUUUCUUUAUUCACAUUCGUUUAUUAUAAAUGCGUUGUUUUGAAACGGAAAAAUUGUGCUCAAAAUCCAUCAAUUGAAGAAGCAGCUUCGCCAACAUCGGGAGAAAAUAAUAUCGAAUUAGCAAACAAAGUCGAAAUUAACGAAAAUGGUUGUAACAUUAUGAGAAUAAUUGGCACAAAAUCAUCGAAAAGCGGCGACACUUACGAAGCUGUAAAAACGCAUAAAACUGGAUCGUCAAAACGAAAAUUAAAAAGACAAUUUUCGUCAAGUACUAUUGAUGCUCAUACUAAAGUAAGGGAAUGGAUAGCGCAAGAAAUCGUUAAUAAAUAUAGUCCAAAAGCAGAUAGAAAAAACACUAGACAAAUUAGUCUUGAUAGCAAAAAUAGUAAAAAUAGUAAAAGUAGUAAAAAUUGCAAAAAGAAAAAUCGUAAAUCAAAGGAUUUUAAUGACAUUAUGGAUACACCUGGACUUGCUGCGAGUAGUUCAACUUUAGGGCAAAGCCCAACAAGGCCGGUGAGUCCCGCAGAAGAAAUUAAAGAUUCCCCGAAAUUUGCCACAUUAAAAAAGAAAGCAGAAAAAGUUUCGGUUGCAAUUGAUGCAACGCCCGCGGGAAGAGGAAGUAGCGUUAUGCGACAAGAACCCAUCGAAUUAACAAAAUCAUUAGAUUAUAGCAGUUUUGAUAGCAGUGAAAGAGAAAUUCCUUUAAGAAGAUCAGCCACUUUAGAUGACGUGUGGAGUAUGAAACCACAAUCAAGUUUAUCAAAACGAAAUUCGACCAGCAUAAACCUCCAGUUACAACAACCGAAUGAAGAUGAGAGUACUGUAAUUAAAAUUGAACAUUAUCACUCAAAAUCAGAUCCGGUUGAUACAAAAGCAACACCUAGAAAAUUAAAAACUUUUGAUCCCGGCAUUGUUAACGUCACAUCUAGAGAUGAACCAGAUCAUAUCCCAUCAUUAUCCCCUGAGGAGUCCCUCCAAGUUAUAAAACGUAGAAAUUGCCCUAAAGUUUUACCCGAUCUCCCAGGAUUUAGAAAUAAUUCUUCGCAAAAAAGGCGAUCGAUGCCCGCUCCGAGUUAUCUUUUUCUCCCUAUUCCAGAAAAUUCUUCAUUUUCCCAACCUAAUUCGCCGUGUACUUCAGGAUCUAAACCGAUUCCACCUCCACCUCCACCUAGAGUAUCAACUUUAGGGCGAACUCCUCAAUCAUAUCCUCGAUUAGCGGAAGAACCCCCGCUUCCAGAAGAACCAGAGGUCGCGUGUAAUAAUCUAUAUAUAGGCCCAUUAAUUCCUUCCCGUGAAAAUAGAAAGGUAAUUAUGAAACCAGCCGAUAAUUACUCUUUGGAUAAUCAACCAAUUUAUGAUAAUUUAAAUCCAAAAAGUACUCCAAAAACUAUUAUUACAGCAGAUAAUCAAAAAAGGAAAAUUGAACCUAAAGUAAUUAUAAAACCAACGAUAUCGAGGACGAUAAGCGACCCAAGCAAAUCAAAGGGACCAAGAGUUGUCGUGAACGACAAUUUUCCUCUUCCUCAUUUAACAAAGAACGAGACUGAAAAAUCGGAAGAACAUUCAGUUGCGACAUUAACAAGACAAAUUUCGACGAGAUCUCCUAGUCCUCUUAAGGAUAGUACUGAACAAAAAGAAUCUAGCACGGAUUCGACCCCUUCGGAGGCAUCCGAUACGGGAACUGUUGUGAAAAAAUAAUAAAAAGUGUGAGUGAACUUAGUCAUUUAUAUAAUUAAAAUCGAAUACAAAAGAUUUUGAAACUUCUUUUUGUAGUACUAAAAGAAAUUAAUUUUCAAUGUUUAAAUUAGUAAAAAUCUUUUGUAAGCGAUAUUAAAAUAGAAUUAAGAUCUAAUAGUACAAAAGAUUAUCGCAAAAAAUUAAACUAUUAAAAGAAACUUGUAUUCAGUAUUUAAUAGCUAAGAGCAGUAUUUCUCAAAGUGUGUUUUUAUAUUAUGAUAUUGUAUACCUCGUGAUAUUACCACAAAUAAAGUUUGUGUUUUUUUUUUAUCGCAAA